UGAUGAACCAUCAUAGGCAAAGAUCGUAUGUAGGCUCAUUAAAUUUGAAGUCCAAAGUCACAGGAGCUUUAACAAAACUCCAGAAGAAAAAGAUGGCACCCAAAAGUGCCAAUUCCACUAAGAGAUUAAAUAGACUGAAGAAAUCAAUUUAAACCUAAAAUUAAUUCAAUUGACAUGGGUCUGCACAUUGAACCCCAAAUGAACAACAAAAUAUCUAAAUAAAAUCAGAAAUGCUAUGAUAGACUGCCAAAACAUCUCUCAGGGCCAAAAUCUAAUUCCAACCAAUAUAAAAACCUCCAAAACCACUAAAUCUCACUCUAAAAUCAAUUUCAGACAAAAUUCCAAAAACUCAAAAUCUCCAUCUAAAAAUAUCUCCAGAGACAUCAGCCUCGAAAAUAUCCAAUCAAUUAACACCUCUGAAUAUCCUAGUUUCAGCCAAGAAGACCCUAAUAUCCUUCCCAACACUUCUCAUUUACACGCCCAGCUCCAUUCUAUCCCUCAAAGAAUUUUCGAAACCGGCUUACGGCUUCAAGACCAAGCCAAGCUUGCCAAAAUUCUACUCCAGCCUGCCUCUGGGCUAUCAGUAGAGUUGAAAUAAAGACUUGGCUCAGAACGAUGCAGAACAAAUCUACAAAAUCCAGCACAAAAGAGUCAUGGACGAGCACCACAGUGAGUUCUUCCAGUCAGUCGCUUUGUGUCACUACUCUUUGCCCAGCUCACACAGGGCAGAAGCAGCUGCUUCUUCACGAUUAGGCAAGCCUGGCCUUGGAAUAGCAGAAGAAUCUGUCAAGGAUCAGAGAGAGUGUAAUUUUAGAGCAGGAAGAAGACAUAAGGGUGAUGGUAAGAGUCCAUGUGAGGAGGAUUACUCAACUACAAAUCCAAUAAAGCCACGUACAAAAUCUUGUUCUACUAACCGUUCGCUCAGAAACGCCCAGGCUCACACAAAGAUCAUCCAAUCUUACUUAAAGAAAGGCAGGAAAGCUUCGCAAGUAUUUAAGGAAAUGAGUCUCCAAGAACUGAUGAAGCACCAGAGAGGCCUGGUCAAUAUUGUCCAAAGCAAUAAGCAAUUUGGGUCUUCCAUUGGUCCGACAAAGAAAGAAUAUGAAAGUUUGUUCCAAGAACCUAAUUCCUUCUAUGAAUAAAACAAAAUACUUCAGAACUAUUCCGUAAGAAAUGGAGACAAGA